UUCAGACAGAGCAGUGUGAGCCGCUGGUUAAGACACACAUACAGACACGCGCGCGCGCACGCACGCACGGCUAUAAACACGGACAGGACGCUCGUGCCUGCAACAGAGCAACUUUCUCCGCCGGAGCUUCUCUGACACGCGCGCACACACGCGCGCGCACGCAGACAGAUACCCACCGUGUUGUUGCAGAAGACAGGACACGCGCUGUGGACGAGGAGGAGAGGGGCGCGCGGGAGAGCAUCUAAAUGGCCAACAUUGUGACGUCGGUGUGCUGUGUGGUGCUCGCGGCGGUGGUGGUGGUCUAUGCCCAGAGACGCAGCCAGCAAGGGGCCAGGAUCCAGUAUGCGCGGAUUGGCAGUGACGUGACCAUGCUGUGUGGAUCUCUGGACAAUGACACCUCCGUUACGUGGAAGGUAAACGGAACGGAUGUGAAGGUGCGCAAGCAGGAGGAAGGGCCGUGGCUCACCCUCGUGGAGGUGGACAUGAGCAGCAACGGCCUGUACAGCUGCUUCCAGAACUCUGAUGACCAGCGCAGAGACCAGAUCAUGCUCCGCAUUGGUCUUCCUCCGAGGGAACCGCAGGUGACGUGCCGAUCAAACACCUACCCCAAGGGCUUCUACUGCAGUUGGCAUCUUCAGCAUCCCACAUACAUCCCCACGGAGUUUGAAGUCAACGUCCAGCACAACCAGAAGUCUUUAGAAGUGAAGAGGGAUGAAGUCCAUAAGAACCGGUGCCAUGUGAAGUUUCCAGAAUUGUUCUCAACUUUUCCUUACAGGGUCAAUGUCACAGCAGUCAAUGCACUGGGAAAAGCGUCCACAGCUACCAGCUUCGAGGAGUCAUCCAUGGUGAAACCAGACCCCCCUGAGAAGGUGGUGGCCAGACCCAUCCCCAACAACAUCCGGCGGCUGGAGGUGACCUGGAGCAGCCCAUCCACAUGGCCGGACAUUGACAACUUCCCCCUGAAGUACUUCCUCCGUUACAGGCCGCUCAUCAGAGACCAGUGGCAACAUGUGGAGCUUUCGGACAGCACCUCCCACACCAUCACAGAUGCUUAUGUGGGGAAAGAGUACAUCAUCCAACUGGCUGCCAAGGACAUGGAGGUCGGCACGUGGAGCGACUGGAGCGUGGCUGUGCACGCCACCCCCUGGACAGAGGAGCCCAAGCCCAUCACUUCCACCACUGAGGCAGACGUGCCAAUAGAGACUACCCCCUCUUCUGCCCCGCCCUCAGCCAAGCCAAGGGUUGGCGUUGCCAGAGGUGGUUGCUCCUCCCUCCUCUGCUCGUCCCAUAUCCUCCUGGUGUGCAUCCUGCUGUCCAUCAUGUGAUGUUUAUGAUUCAUUCCUGUGGAAAAGUCUUCUAGUUCUAUUUUGCACAUGUUAAUGGAUAUCGUGCAUUGAUAAUUUAAUUCAAGUUUUUUUCUCACAAAAAGAAAAAAAAGAGGAAGAAUAAACGAUGACAUUUUGCAAAAGGAAGAAAAGUUUGGGGGGGAAAAAAAAAAGAAGAAUUAAAGCGCAUCAACAUCUGGGGCAGCGUGGCUGAAGGUGGAGUGAGCACAGGCACGGGACAGUGAACCCCAGGGAAGCAAAAGAUAUGGGGACAAAACUCAAAACAAGCAUCUGUCUCACAGCAGCACAACACCCACACCAAGCAUCCGUCCUUCUUCCCCCCGUCGGAAUUUUUUAAUGAAUAAAUCGGAACUUUUUUCUUUUUUUUUGGAUGUUUCUCACAAACACAUGCUCUGGAGACGGUCAUACGAGCGUGUCAUUAAUUUCAGCAACAUACAGCUAACUCAUCAUGCCAAAGACUUGGAGAAUACUCUUUCUUCUCACCAUCCCUCGCUUCCCUCAGCCUGUUGUCUGUGCACGGCAACUGGAAGCUGCAAGUGUGAAAUCUCCAUCCAGCAAACAGGAGCUUCAUAGACUGAGGACUAACAAACUUAGAAUGAAGGUCAUCUUUUGAAUUAUGGGCUUUUCCCCCCAUCAUUUAUCUUUCUUCUUAUUCUUUCUCCUAAUUGAUCCUUGAUAUCGAAAGGCAAAAAGACAUAUACAGACACCUACAUACAUAUAAAUGGAGGGUUUUGCUCCACGAUAAUGUACUGGACUGCCUUUUUAAAUGGGAAAACAAGCGGAAACCAUGAAUUGUAUUUGACCGUUUCUUGCGCCUAAGUUCGAAGUUCUAUCUAGAACCACUUUUCUCAUUCUCCAUAUCCUUUUGCCUUUCAGCACCUGCUUUAUUUUUCUGUUUAUCAGACUUUAAUAGCCAAUGUUACAGCAAUUUUGCUUUAUUCAAGGAAUAUUGUGAUUUUACGCUUUUUUGUUUAUUUGUUUAUUAAACCGUAUCCAUAUAGCAUCUUAGUUUCUUUUUUCUCAAACGUUCACAAUUGCUUAAUUCUCCACGAUCAUAUUUUGUAAACUACGAUAUGUAUCUUUAACAUGGAAAAAAAAUACUUUAUUAUUUAAUAAUGUAUGUAUUAGCUUUAGAUUCUUGUAACCUGUAUCUGGGUUCUUUUUAUAGAUGUAUAUAAAACGAGAGGUUGUUCAUUAAAUGUGACCAUUUCACAAUGA